GUCAGUUAAGGGGGUUGGAGGAAACACUGCACUCUUGUUUGCGUCUGUCAGAACAGCAGAAUGUCUCUACACCACCGUCGUUUUCUGAUUCUGUCCAGCACCGGUGUGCUGACCCUCCUUCUUCUACAAGGUGUGUAUGGGGCGGAUGAUGUGAUUGAAAUGAGAGCUGUUGUUGGAGGAUCAGUGGUGCUGCCAUCUGAAUAUCAGAGGAACAACGUUAAAUUUGCUGAAUGGAUUUUUAAUUCUAACGGUACAAAGAAAAUAAUUGCAGGAUUUAAUGGAUCUGACGUUGGUGUUCAUUUUAAAAGCCAAUUCACAGGAAGAUUAGAAAUGAACUCCAACAAUUUAAGUUUAACUGUAAAAAAACUAACAAAAGCAGAUUCAGGACUGUUUUCACGUGUUUACAAAAGCAAAGAAGGAGGUGUACAGUUGAAAACAAAGAUGAUUCAACUACAAGUUUAUGAUCCCACUCUGACGGUAAACAUCACAAAGAAUGUAACUGUUCACCAGCUGAAUAACACCUGCACGGUCAGUUUGCUCUGCAAUGCAAGUGGUCCGCCUGAUGUGCAGUUUUCAUGGAGUGGGCAUUGCAGAGGGAGUGGUGCCAAACUGCACUUUUCUCUAUCACCAGCAGAGGGUAGUGUCACAUGUACAUGUACUGCAAGUGAGGCCAAUAAUCAAAAGCUGGUAGAUGCAACCAUCAAAUGUGACAACAAGACUUCAAAUAACUCUGUGAAGCCUGAUGUUAACAACACGAUUCCACCCCCUGAGCGGUACCUGUAUUUUGUGGUAAUCCCUGCAGCUGGCGGAGUUCUUAUAAUUGUCAGCAUAACAGUUGGUGUUUGCUGUUACAAGAGACACAAAGCUGACUCCAGUAAACAGGACACAGUUUAUGCAGACGUAGUUGCAGACCAGAAAAAAAAUACUGAGAAAUUGAGAUCGACCAGUGUACAGUAUGACAUGACCAUCUAUGAAUCUGUGGAUGAAAGAGCUAUUGGGAGGCAAAACAAUCCUCAGACUGUGUAUGACAAGGUAAACUUCUCACGUACAGAGGUGAAGAAGGAUGUUGGAGCCACUCUCUCUUCUCCAUACCAGGAGGUGCUAUAGUUAAACCUGUGGAUGACAGCUUGAUCACAUGUG